CUUCUCCUUGUUAGUUGUUACAGCUUAGCUCCAUCUCUUCUGAUUUGAUUUGAUUUUCUGCAAUGGCUGCUGCUGCUGCUGCUUUCAUCUUUGUCUGCUCCUUCUUCAACUUCUUUGCUUCAUCAUCUCCUAUGCCUCUCCAUGGCGCCCACAGGACUGAUCCUCAGAUCACUGUCAUGGGGAUGGUUUACUGUGAUAUCUGCUCUAACAAUUCCUUCUCCCCGCACAGCUACUUCAUCCCAGGUGUUGAAGUGAGAAUAGACUGCACCUUCAAAGCAACUUCACCAAAAACAGCAGAGCAGAUAGUAUUCUCAGUGAACAGAACGACAAACAGGUUAGGGAUAUACAGGUUGGAGAUACCUACGGUGGAUGGGAUCGAGUGUGCAAGAGAGAAAGAGAUGGGGAACUUUUGUCGGGCUAGCCUAAUAGUGCAAAAAGGCCCAUCAUCAUCAUCAUCAUCACCGCCAGCCGCCUGCAACCUUCCUGCAUCAACAACCACAACAGAGGAAGUGGCCAUCAAAUCCAUAACUGCCAAUACCUGUAUCUACAGCCUCAGCGCUUUGACAUUUAGACCCUCCACUAGAAAUGUUGCUCUCUGUGGGACUUCUGCUAAUUAAGCAGCGGUGGUCGUUGGAGUCGCAGACGUGUGUGUCCUACCUUCAAUGUAAUAAUGCCAUACUUAGUGUGUCAACAUGGUUUCAUUUUUCUCUAAAUGUACUCGCACAUUAAUAGACUGUAGAAUUCAAAUUCAGAAUUAGUCUGGAAAAUUUAAAUUCGGAAUUGCACCCCAAGCAUGCAGAGACUUAUCUAAUCUAGAAUGACCAAAACAUCUGGUUUAACAAACAUGAAGGAUGAAUAAGAUUAUCACGAGUGUUGUUACCCUCA